UUCUGCCGUGGAGCCGCCGCGCAGCACGACAGCUGCAGUGCCGUCGGAGCUGGUGUCAUCUCCGUCGCGGUCCGACCUGAUGGAGGCCAUACGACAGGCGGGCGGCCGCAGCCAGGCCAGGCUGAGAGCUGUCAGCACCGGCGCACCGCAGCGUAAACAGGAUGCCGACGCGCCUCCCAGCGGCGAUCUAAUGGCGGCCCUCGCUGCCAAGCUUUCCAUACGACGAAAGGGCAUCUCGGGCGACAAGACGCACCCCGACUGGUCUGAGACGUCGGGCGCGCUGGCUAAGGUGUCGGCGCUCAUCCCGCCGCCGCCGAUCGACGGCGACGCCGCGGACCACCCGCCCGACGACCUCGACUGGAGCUGAGCCGACGUGGGGACUGGAGCUGAGGCCGCUGCUCAGCUGACAUGGGGGCUGGAGCUGAGGCUGCUGCUCCACUGACACGGGGACUGGAGCUGAGGCUGCUGCUCCACUGACACGAGGACUGGAGCUGAACCGACACGGGGACUGGAGAUGAGGCUGCUGCUCCACUGACACGGGACUGGAGCUGAGGUCGCUGCUCCACUGACACGGGGGACUGGAGCUGAGGCCGCUCCUCCGCUGACACCGGGACUGGAGCUGAGGCUGCUCCUCCGCUGACACCGGGACGAGCUGGGGCCGCUCCUCCGCUGACACCGGGACUGGAGGCAAGGCUGCCGCUCCGCUGACACCGGGAGUGGAGUUAAACUGGUCGAUCUACUGUGAUGGUUAGAAAAACGCCCUUCCACAAAUGAUUUUAUACGAUCGUUGGUGGUGUAGGUUGUGACUGAUGAAGGGGCUCAUGAUGUAUACCUUGCCGUUGCCUUAUGUGCAUUAUGAGCAUCAGGAAAGCAUUUAUGACGCUGUUAUUGUAUUCAGUUCAGUUAUUUCCAUAUGGCUCUGACAGUCCAGUGAUGAGCACCAUAUGGCCAUUGUAGUCGGUGCGCCCCAAAGCCAAAAUUAUCACAGCGGAUGUUUAUCGCGACAGUAAAUUGCCAGUUAAGUUAUUAUCCGCAAGCCGUGCUAGUAUUCAUGUGUCAUUCAUCUUCAACGUAUGCCAGGGUUUCCGGAGUGAAAUUCCUUGCAGAUUCAGCAUUGUUGUCAACAAAAUUGGAAAAAUUAUAGCAUACGCAUGCAUGUGUGCGCCAUGUGAAAAUCGGGCAUAUGUAUUGGUUCUGUAAUAUACUCCAGAGCCGAU